AUGAAGUCCAUCUCAGUCGCUUUAGCAUUUGCCGCGCAGGUCCAAGCAGGCCUCCGCUUUGGAUGCUCAUCAUUGACCAUCCAGCGUCUAGACCCUGUUGUCGAACCCGGCAAGAGUCCUUCUUCACAUGUUCACCAUAUCGUCGGUGGUAAUGCUUUCAACGCAACCAUGACAGGUGAUGUUGGAGCCAGGGGUACCUGCACCACCUGUGAGAUGUCGGAGGACUUUUCCAACUACUGGACGGCCGUCCUAUACUUCAAGCACCCAACCAACGGUUCUUAUCACCGCGUGCCAGUCACCAACAAUGCUGCACUCGCCCAAGGCACCACUGGUGGAAUGACCAUUUACUACACCCCACAUGAUUUUAGCACAGAUGAUUUGAAGAACCAACCAAUAAGGGCUUUCCCGCCGGGAUUCCGUAUGACAGUGGGCAGCCCGACCACCGAUACCCUGGACAAGGCAAAGGGCCAUAUUGGGCUUCGGUACAACUGCCUGAACACGCUCAUCGACCGAGGUCCAGAGAUGGUUGACUUCCCAACUAAGCCCUGCAAAGCCGGUAUUUUUGCAGUCCACCACUUCCCAGCAUGCUGGGAUGGCAAGAACCUUGAUAGCCCCGACCACCAGUCCCACAUGUACAACACCAUCACCCGAGACGGAUUCACCAACGCGCCCGCCUGCCCGGCAUCUCACCCAGUUCGUAUGCCGCAGGUGACCUACGAGACGGUAUGGGACACGACCAAGUUCAACAGCUUGUGGCCCUCGGGCACGCCCAACCCGUUCGUGUGGAGCUUCGAGGGCAGCAGCGGGUACGGCACGCACGCCGACUACAUGUUCGGCUGGAAAGGCGACUCGCUCCAGCGCGCCAUGAACAAAUCCGAGUGCUUCUACGACGGCUGCGGCUCCAUCACCAAGCAGGCCAUGUCCACUGCUAACAAGUGCACCGUCAAAGACAUGGUUGGCGAGCAGACCGAUGGAUGGCUUCAAGCACUCCCGGGCAUGGAGAUGAAGUGA